AUGGCCUUUAAACAAAGUUCAAGAAACAGGUAGGGAGACAGCAAUAAAGAAAGAUUGAGUGAAAAAAUAUAUAUACACAGUCUGUUUAUCCUACUGAACAGUAAAAAAAAAAUGAAAUGUUGUUGUUUCCCGUUGUGUAACUAACAGCCAUGUGGCCCUUUGUCGUUAAAGAUGGGAUCUCUUGGGGGAUGAGAGUAACGGGCUGUAUCCUCCUCUCCCCUGCCCCAGGAGCUCCAUGGUACCCCCGGCCCAGUACGGCUCCAGCUCCCCUCCUCACCCCCACGGCAAGGUCAACAAGCUCCCCUCCGUCAGCCAGCUCAUCAACCCCCAGCAACGCAACACGCUCACCCCGUCCUCCAUGGCCCAAGGCCUGACUGACAGUGAGUUGCUUUACCCCUUUGUAUAG